CUGAAGAAAAGCUGUUGAACACUUUGAUUAGAAUUUAAUGGCCGAAAGCAAUCUUGUUUAACAUAACGUUCAAACAUCUGUGUAGGGUAUGAAAGAUUGAAAGAAAAACCAAAAUUAGAAGAAAUAAACAUUAUUCACAUCACCUCAUUUCGGUAAAAUGUCAAGAAUCAGGUUGUAAAUGUAAUCCAAAAAAAGGUUGCUUUAACUAAAAAAUGAAAGACUGUGAAUGAUUCAUGCACUUGACUAAGAAUUUCAAACAUGGAAGUUUAUCAAAGCUAGCAAAACAAAUUUCCGAACAUCACAUGGCAGGCAGGGCGGUCCUUCAAUUCCUAACCGCCAUGAUAAGAGUGGCCCUGAGGAGUAAAUGUCUCCAGUUGCCACACUAAUUGUUUACAAAAACAAAGGUCCACACAGAAGAAUAGAUCGCUAUUAAGUGGAUGAUGAUGGUCAUAAAACAACUAAACCGGCUUGGGGGGUUUUGCCUUAAUUACAUGGAAAAAUGACAGCAAUUUGACUGAUGUUUUCUUUAACAUAAAUAGGUAGCACUGAUUUGAUUCAAAAGACAGUUAAGGAGCCGAGUUGUUGGUUGGUUGGCCAACUAAAUUAACUUUACAUUUAUAGGCGCGGGAAAGGACUGCAUCUCAUCAAACACCAACACAAGAACUCUGUGAAGCAAUUCCUUUCUUUCUUCAUUUCCUUUUAUCAUCUCUUUGUCUCCUUCCUAAGUAUAUGAGGGUGUUUUUUCUUGGUAAAUUGAUCUACACUGUAAAAUGGAAGAAGUAGAGCUUAGUGACCAGAAUUCGGUUCCAAAAACGGAGCAACAAUCAAAUUCAACCAAAAGGAAGCCUGUUUCAUUCCUUGGUCUAUUUGCAGCUGCUGAUAAAUUAGAUUAUGCCUUGAUGUUUUUCGGAAGCUUAGGGGCGUGCAUACAUGGGGCUGCUCUUCCAGUGUUCUUUAUUUUGUUUGGACGCAUGAUAGAUUCUUUAGGACAUCUGUCUUCAGAUCCUCACAAAUUGUCUUCUCGGGUUUCUGAGAAUGCUCUGUACUUGGUCUACCUUGGUCUUGUUGUUUUCGCAUCAGCAUGGAUAGGUGUUGCAUUCUGGAUGCAAACCGGGGAAAGACAGACAGCUCGUUUGCGUCUGAAAUACCUUCAGUCAGUUUUAAGAAAAGAUAUAAACUUCUUUGACACUGAAGCCAGGGAUUCUAACAUUAUUUUCCAUAUUUCAAGUGACGCAAUUCUUGUCCAAGAUGCAAUAGGUGACAAGACAGGCCAUGCUUUCCGUUACCUUUCUCAAUUUGUCGUUGGGUUUGCCAUCGGAUUUACAUCUGUAUGGCAACUUACACUACUCACCUUGGCUGUAGUUCCACUGAUAGCUAUUGCUGGUGGAGCUUAUACAAUUAUUAUGUCUACUCUAUCAGAAAAAGGUGAGGCUGCUUAUGCUGAAGCUGGGAAGGUCGCUGAAGAGGUUAUUUCACAGAUUCGCACAGUAUAUGCAUUUGUCGGGGAGGAAAGAGCAAUUAUAGCAUACUCUAGUUCACUUAAAGAUGCGCUUAAAAUGGGGAAGAGAAGUGGACUUGCAAAGGGUGUGGGUGUUGGAUUUACGUAUGGGCUGUUGUUCUGCGCCUGGGCCUUGCUUCUCUGGUAUGCUGGCAUACUUGUCAGACAUGGCAAAACAAAUGGAGGGAAAGCAUUCACAACAAUUAUCAAUGUCAUUUUUAGUGGAUUUGCUUUAGGUCAAGCAGCGCCAAACCUUGCUGCCAUUGCUAAAGGCCGGGCAGCUGCUGCCAAUAUCUUCAGCAUGAUCGAAACAGACUCAAAGCCUUCAAGACAGUCGGAUGGUGAAACUAUGUUACCAGAUGUUGCUGGGCAAAUUGAGUUCUGUGAGGUCUGUUUUGCUUAUCCCUCACGGCCCAAUAUGGUGUUUGAGAAUUUGAGCUUCUCAAUAGAUGCUGGGAAGACGUUUGCAGUUGUAGGUCCCAGUGGCUCAGGAAAGAGUACCAUCAUAUCCAUGGUUCAACGUUUCUAUGAUCCCACUUCAGGUAAAAUACUAUUGGAUGGGCAUGAUCUUAAGAAUUUCCAGUUAAAAUGGUUAAGGGAGCAAAUGGGAUUGGUUGGUCAAGAACCAGCACUUUUUGACACAACAAUAGCUGGCAAUAUCCUACUUGGUAAAGAAGAUGCAGAUAUGGAGCAAGUUAUACAAGCUGCCAAAGCUGCUAAUGCACAUUCUUUCAUUGAGGAACUGCCUGAUAGUUAUAAUACACAGGUUGGAGAGGGAGGAACUCAGCUCUCUGGAGGGCAAAAACAAAGAAUUGCUAUUGCAAGAGCCGUGCUGAGAAACCCAAAGAUACUGCUUCUAGAUGAGGCCACAAGUGCUCUUGAUGCAGAAUCAGAGCUCAUAGUUCAGCAGGCACUAGAUAAUAUAGUGUCAAAUCGAACAACAAUUAUUGUGGCACAUCGAUUAUCCACUAUUCGAGAUGUUGACACCAUCAUUGUUUUGAAGAAUGGCCAGGUUGUUGAGAGCGGGAGCCACAUGGAUUUGAUGUCUAAGGAUAGAGAAUACGCAACUCUAGUCAGCUUACAAGUAUCGGAACACAUUGCAAAUUCAAGCUCUAUAUGUCAUUCUGAUGCUUCUGGAAGUUCUAGCUUCCGACAACCUCCAAACAGUCAAAAUCCUGAGCAGGAUUCAUGGUCAAUUUCAACAAAAGAAUUGUGGCAAAGUGAUCAAAACUCAUCUCAGCAAAACUAUGCUCCUACCCCAUCAAUAUGGGAACUACUAAAACUAAAUGCACCAGAAUGGCCCUAUGCACUGCUUGGCUCGGUUGGUGCAAUUCUGGCGGGCAUGGAAGCUCCACUGUUUGCCUUUGGAAUCACCCAUGUCUUGACUGCAUUCUACUCUCCUGAUGAUUUCCAAAUUAAGAAAGAGGUUGAAAGGGUGGCUCUUAUAUUUGUUGGUCUGGCUAUUCUUACGAUUCCAAUAUAUCUGCUGCAACACUACUUUUACACCUUAAUGGGAGAGCGCCUGACAGUUCGUGUCCGUUUAUCAAUGUUCUCAGCUAUCCUUUCUAAUGAGGUUGGCUGGUUUGAUUUGGAUGAGAACAAUACUGGUUCAUUGACAGCAGCUUUAGCUGCAGAUGCAACCCUAGUACGGAGUGCUCUGGCUGAUCGACUGUCCACAAUUGUGCAGAAUGUAGCACUUACUGUGACAGCAUUUGUGAUUGCAUUCACUUUAAGCUGGCGUUUAGCAUCUGUUAUCAUUGCCUCCUUUCCCUUACUCAUCGGUGCUUCCAUAACUGAGCAAUUAUUUCUAAAAGGAUUUGGAGGGAAUUACAGCCAUACCUACUUCAGAGCAACUGCUGUGGCACGUGAAGCAAUUGUCAACAUUCGUACUAUUGCUGCAUUUGGUGUUGAAGACCGGAUCUCAAACCAGUUCGCCUCUGAACUAAACCAACCAAAUAAGCAAGCAUUCUUAAGAGGUCAUAUUUCAGGUUUUGGAUAUAGUGUAUCACAGCUGUUUGCAUUCAGUUCCUACGCCCUCGGCCUUUGGUAUGCAUCAGUGCUAAUCAAGCAUAACGAAUCCAACUUUGGAGACAUCAUCAAGUCCUUUAUGGUUUUGAUAAUCACUGCACUGGCAGUAGCAGAAACACUUGCUCUUACACCAGACAUUGUGAAGGGAUCACAUGCCCUUGGGUCUGUUUUCGGAAUUCUCCACAGGAGAACAUCAAUAGAACCAAAUGAUUCCACAUCAAACAUCGUAACCGAGAUCAAAGGAGAUAUAGAGUUCAGAAAUGUAAGUUUCAAGUACCCAAUGAGACCUGAUGUAACCAUUUUUGAGGACUUAAACCUGAAAACUUCAGCUGGAAACAGUCUAGCUGUAGUUGGACAAAGUGGGUCCGGGAAAAGCACUGUGAUUGCACUAAUUAUGCGAUUUUAUGAUCCCAUUGCCGGAGGAGUGCUGAUUGAUGGUUUUGAUAUUAAGACAUUAAACUUGAGAUCGUUAAGGCUAAAAAUGAGUUUAGUUCAGCAGGAGCCGGCAUUGUUCUCAACUACGAUAUACGAAAACAUCAAGUAUGGGAAGGAGGAAGCAUCAGAAAUUGAGAUACUGAGUGCCGCAAGAGCAGCCAAUGCUCAUCGAUUCAUCAGCAGAAUGCCUGAAGGAUACCAAACUAACGUGGGUGACAGAGGGGUGCAAUUAUCAGGGGGCCAAAAGCAGAGGGUGGCAAUCGCUAGAGCAAUUCUGAAAAACCCUUCCAUUCUUCUUCUGGAUGAAGCUACAAGUGCGUUGGACACAGAAUCUGAGAAACUAGUUCAAGAGGCACUGGAUAACCUCAUGGAAGGCCGUACCACAGUUGUGGUAGCGCACAGGUUAUCGACUAUUCGUAAUUCAGAUAGCAUUGCGGUGCUGAAACAAGGAAAGGUAGUUGAAAUUGGCAGCCAUGAGCAGCUGAGUAGGAAACCUGAUAGUGUCUAUAAACAAUUAGUCAAUCUACAGCAGUAAAGGAACAUCCAUGACCCCGGCCAAUUUUCUUGUACAAGUGGGAGGCUUGAUUGAUAAAUGAACAUGAUUUCCAACUGCUUGUGAACAAAGCUUUGCAUUAAAAAUUUUACAUUGCUGUCCCUAUUAUGUAAGCAUUUGAAGCAUACAGUAGGUUAAUUGGAUUGAUGUAUCAUGUGAUUUCUACCAUAAACAAUACCAAAUUGAGCAAAUUCGAUCACCAUUAAAAACACCCAGAAUUGUUAACUACACUAUAAAUAAACUCUGCAAAGGACAAAAUGUUCGGUCGAUGCAUUUUCAAGUUUCAACAUUCGGCUUUUAAUGUGUGAUAGUUACUGCAAAGCACUCCCCA